AGAUCGUAUAAGACGCAGCCUCCAAGGCUCCACGCUAGUUGCUUUGUAACUUUACGAUUAUGUUGACGUUUCUCUGCUUGUUCGCUCUCGUCUUAGGGGUGAAGAGUGCCUCGGCACCCUUCAUAACACCGUGUAAAGUUGGAGAUUCUGCCUGUUUUGUGGCUUCUGCACAAGCGGCAGUGCCGAUCGUGGCCGCCGGUAUUCCCGACCUGGGCAUCAAGCCCUUGGACCCGUUACACAUAUCCGUGAUCAAUGGGAACCAGGGUGGGCUCGAGUUGACCUUUAAGGACACCAUCGUUCGCGGCUUGAGCGGUUGUCACGUGGAAGGUGUUAAAAACGAUCCAGCCAAAAAGAAGCAAGCGGUCACCAUCAAAUGUUCCGUGACACUAACUGGUGAUUACAAACUUAGCGGUAAACUGUUGGUGCUUCCCAUUGAAGGCGAAGGAAAAUACAAUAUCAAAAUACGAGACAUCGUGAUCAAGACUGCAAACGAUCUGGUGACAGUGACAGGAGCUGACGGCAAACCACACUGGCAUAUCGAGUCGUGGAAGCAUACGUACGAAGUGAAGACGGGAGCUCAUUUCCAAUUUGAGAAUUUGUUUAAUGGAAACAAGGUGUUGGCAACUCCCGUCGAAGAAUUUGUGAACUCAAACUGGAAGGACGUGAUGCAGGAAGUAGCUCCGCCCAUCGUCCGGUCCAUCGUGUCCGAGGUGGUGGCUGCCGUAGAUGCCCUGUACAAGGCUGUGCCGGCCGAAGACCUUUACUUGCAGUAAACUUAUUGUAAUUUUAAAAGGGAAAGCUGUAUAUGUGAUAAAUAAAAUUACUUUUUUUUGGUUA